GAUUCUUUCCGGAAGCGCUGUGUUCUGCGAAAAGGGAUCCGAGGACGUCAGGGCAUUGACUUAGUUAUACGAGAACACCUGAGAAAGCUUUGAGAGGCCCAAAACGCUAUCCGAAAUGACGGGAGGAAGACGUGCUGUAUUGGUGAAACUAGUGAUCACGGCUCUCUCGGUCUGCGUAUGUCAGGGCGCUGGGAACCAAUACAAAGUCAUUCUGCAGCGGAAAGAUCCAGGAAUCACAUUGUUAGGGGACCUACUGCACUUAGGAUCCAAUCUUCCUCGGAUCGACAGUCCCUUAGCGGCUCUUCACCGGGUUUUUCUGGGGAAGUACGUGCCCCUGGAGGUCUUCAGCGUGAACAUGACGGCGCUCAGUCCAGAACAAUUGUGUGGUUACUUAGUUCAGCUGAAUCCAGGAUUAGCUUUUUGUGAGCGUGAUGGGCCAGUCACGCUUGACGCACCAAGCGCAACGCCCAAUGAUCCUAUCUACCCUAGAGAGACCAAUUUAGAAGCCAUCAAGGUCCCACAAGCUUGGAAGACCGGACAAUUUGGCAGCCAGAAGGUGCGUGUUUGCAUCAUUGACACUGGCGUGGACAAUCUGCACCCAGACCUGGCGGGCAACCUCUGGAUGAAUGCGGCAGAGAUGAACGGCCCCGGAGCGACCGCUGCCAACGGGUACAAAAAUGGCAUUGACGACGAUGGCGACGGCGUUGUGGACAACAUUUACGGCGCGAACUUCAACACGGACCCGCCGAGCGCGGACAUUCUGGACGGCCACGGCCAUGGCACCCACGUGGCCGGCAUCAUCGGCGCCGUCGGCAACAACGGAAUCGGAGUUACUGGCGUUGCUCAGGUAGUGACGGUGCUGCCCUGCCGGUUCAUGGACGCCAAUGGCAACGGCAGCAGGGAGCAGGCCAUCAAGUGCAUGGACUGGUGCCUCAAACGCGAGGCCCAUGUCCUGUCCAACUCCUGGGGCGAGGUCCCCAACUCACUGUCCCUCCAGACGGUGACAAUACUGCCCUGCCGCUUCAUGGACACGAGGGGCUUGGGCGACAUUUCCCUGGCAGUGCUGUGCUAUGACUGGUGCCUCGACCACGGCGCCCACGUGCUCUCCAGCUCCUUUGGCAUCUAUGAGCAGUGGGGCGAGCAGGCCCUCAAGACGGCUGUGGCCACGGUGGCGGCCAGGGGCGUUCUGUUUGUGUCAUCGGCAGGCAAUGAUCACGCGGACAAUGACCUCAACCCCCACUGGCCAUCCAACCUUGAGACUGACACCACCAUCGCCGUGGCCGCUCUCGACCGCACCGGCGCCGUCUGGUCGGGCAGCAACUAUGGGAACAAGACAGUGGACAUUGCGGCCCCGGGCGAGAAUGUGAUAUCCACCUACAUCGGCGGUGACACCCCCUACACCACCAUGACCGGCACAUCCGUGGCUGUGCCCCACGUCGCUGGCACCGCCGCCCUCUUAUUGGCACAGCUGAUGCAGAAUGGGUACAACAUAUCCUCGCUGGCGCCCAACAAGGGCGUUGGGGCUCUGGUCAAGAAGAUCAUCAUGCAGAGCGUGGACCCCCUGCCAGGGAAUCGGGUUGCAUGGGGUUCCCUCAACACAGCCGCCGCACUCAAGAGAGCCGCCGGAAUGACACCCACCAGCGCUCAAAUAGGCACUGUUUCGGAUGGAGCGGUCACAGAGGGCUCCAGCGGAAGCUACAACGGGUCCUUCCCGGACCUCAGCAGCGUGCUGGGAGCGCUGGCAACGUAUGGCAACACAUUUGGAGGCAACACUCCGGACGGCCCUGCAGUGUUGGACGGCGCUACUGGCCCAGGCGGUGCACAGAAUGGAGGUGCGAGCAAAUCGGGGGGCGUCCAAGCGACGGCGUCCCCUCCGCCUUCCAUCGCCGCAGCCGUGGCGUCCGCGGCGCAGGAGUUUGCUUGGCGCGUCGGCGGCGGCCGCAACCUGCGCUCGGCCGGGGGAUUGCGGGGAGUCGAUGCGCUGCGGGACGGCAGGCCACAAGCGACCCAACAAAGCCAGCUCCUAUGA